UCCCCGUCACCUUUGGUCUGACCAGUCUGCAUGGAUACUCUUGCCGCUUAUCCAUCCCCCGAAUACUUGCGAGACUGCGGCGCGCUACCAGCCGGAACCGCUGGGAUGAAAACGCAGAGAAAGAUGCCCGUUGCGGGAUCUCCCGCUCGGCGCUGGAAGGUGGCGCGCGGGUUUGAGAGCCGCGGGCGCGCGUCUGCUACCAUCCCUCUGUUCAUGAAGAACAAAGAUGUCGCCGCGGAAGCGGUCACAGGGAGUGGCAAAACACUCGCCUUUGUCAUCCCCAUCCUGGAAAUACUUCUGAGAAGGGAAGAGAAGUUAAAAAAGAAUCAGGUGGGAGCCAUCAUCAUCACGCCCACGCGGGAGCUGGCUGUGCAGAUAGAUGAGGUCCUGGCGCAUUUCACCAAGCCCUUCCCCCAGUUCCGCCAGAUUCUCUGGAUCGGGGGCCGGAAUCCUGCCGACGAUGUGGCCAGGUUUAAAGAACAUGGCGGGAACAUCGUGGUGGCGACCCCCGGCCGCCUGGAGGACAUGUUCCGAAGGAAGGCGGAGGGCCUGGACCUGGCCAGCUGCGUGCGGUCCCUGGACGUGCUGGUGCUGGACGAGGCGGACAGACUUCUGGACAUGGGGUUUGAGGCAAGCAUAAACACUAUCCUGGAGUUUUUGCCAAAGCAGAGGAGAACGGGCCUUUUCUCCGCCACGCAGACGCAGGAGGUGGAGAGCCUGGUGCGGGCCGGCCUCCGGAACCCCGUGCGCAUCUCGGUGAAGGAGAAGGGCGUGGCUGCCAGCAGCACCCAGAAAACCCCCUCCCGCCUAGAGAAUCACUACAUGGUUUGUAAGGCGGAUGAGAAAUUCAACCAGCUGGUGCAUUUUCUUCGAAACCAUAAGCAGGAGAAACACCUCGUCUUCUUCAGCACCUGCGCCUGCGUGGAAUACUAUGGUAAGGCCCUGGAGGGUCUGGUGAAGAAUGUGAAGAUAAUGUGCAUCCAUGGAAAGAUGAAAUACAAGCGCAAUAAGAUCUUCAUGGAGUUCCGCGGAUUGCAGAGUGGGAUUUUGGUGUGCACCGACGUGAUGGCCCGUGGAAUAGACAUUCCCGAAGUAAAUUGGGUCUUGCAGUACGACCCUCCCAGCAGUGCCAGUGCCUUUGUGCAUCGCUGCGGCCGUACAGCCCGCAUCGGCCACGGGGGUAGCGCGCUGGUGUUCCUCCUUCCCAUGGAAGAGUCCUACAUCAAUUUCCUUGCAAUUAACCAAAAAUGCCCCCUGCAGGAGAUGAAACUCCAGAGAAACACAGUCGACCUCCUUCCAAAGCUCAAGUCCAUGGCCCUGGCCGACAGAGCUGUGUUUGAGAAAGGCAUGAAAGCAUUUGUGUCGUUCGUCCAGGCCUACGCGAAGCAUGAAUGCAGCCUCAUCUUCAGACUGAAGGACCUUGAUUUUGCUAGUCUUGCUCGAGGUUUCGCCCUGCUGAGGAUGCCCAAGAUGCCGGAACUGAGAGGAAGGCAGUUUUCAGAUUUUGUGCCUGUGGAUGUUGACACAGACACCAUUCCAUUUAAAGAUAAAACCAGAGAGAAACAGAGGCAGAAACUACUGGAGCAGCGGAGGAAAGAUAAGACAGAAAAUGAAGGAAGAAAAAAAUUCAUAAAAAGUAAAGCUUGGUCAAAGCAAAAAGCCAAAAAGGAAAAGAAGAGAAAAAUGAAUGAAAAAAGGAAACGGGAAGAGGGUUCUGAUAUUGAAGAUGAAGACAUGGAGGAGCUUCUUAAUGACACAAGGCUCUUGAAAAAGUUUAAGAAAGGCAAAAUUUCUGGAGAAGAAUUUGAGAAGGGGUUGCUAACAAGUGGCAAAAGGACCAUCAAAACAGCAGACCUCGGGGUGUCAGAUCUGGAAGCUGCCUGCUGACUCCAGGGUGCAGUGGGGGCGUGUGUAUGCAGGGAGUGUCCGCAUGGCCCUGCUCAGCAGACGGCGACUGUUGGCUCUUGCUGGCCACCCAGUGGACACCUAAGAAGUCAUCUGAGUGCCAUUCUUUCAGACUAGAGAGGCGUGCAGGGGAUUUCAUACUCAUGAAUGUUUUGUUGCAAGCCUGAAGAAGUAUAACAGAGGAAAAUGUGACAACAUUGGAGUGAAAAUGGGUCACUUAUUAUAGAGCUCACCUUUCUGUGGCUGUCUUAGCCUUUUUUAAUGUAGGGAUGCUGAGGUUUACUCAACUUUAGCCUUGUCAGAUCCUCCAGUGUGUCCUUACCCCGGCAGAGGGUGACUGACGUGGCUGGGUCUUUUCUACGAAUAGCCCUCAGUACUGUUUUAUUGUUGAGUAUCUGAAAAACAGGAACAGCAAGCCAUAUUCUGGAAAAGAUCCUGCCUUUUGAAUAAACGAUGCCCUUCCAGGCGACUGUGUCUGAUGUGUGUGAACAGGGCUGUGCGGUGCCCUUGCCACGGCGGCCAGUGGGUCUAGUCCCCAGAGUCAGUGUACAGGAUGGAUGUCCCCAAGUGCAAUUUUAAAGAGCUGUUCAUAACCCACUCAUUAAAGGAAAUUCCAUCUUUUUUAGUUUGUGGGAGUUCUGGAAGGCAUCUCGGUGGUUUCUGCCUGCUUUAGGUCCCCUCGGGAGAUCCCCCUUCGUCUGGCUUGAUCCUGGUGGGGGGACGGCAGCCCCUGGCUGGUGUUCACUCCUGGAAGUCUGAAGCAAGUUCUUCCUUUCGUACAAGUCAGGAACUCCUGCCUUCUCAGGCCUGCUGCUCUAGCAUCCCUGUUUUGGAAAAGCAGUCUGGAGAGCUGGGAAGAGCAAGGGAGGGGACGUGGGCCUGUCUUCUUCAUCAGUAAGUAGCCAAUAAUCUAACUUGUAUUCUGGAAACUGGAAAUGAAAGUUUCUGGAAACCGUAAGCACAAUUUAGGUUGGAUUUUAGAGGAACGAUGAACAUAUCUGAGAUGGGACUGAAGUGAAUACAAAAUUCUCCAAGGCUUAUGACUUUGAGUCCUCAUUCACAAAUCUUCACACAAAGCCAAUUCCGCUUUGGCCUUGUUCACCAAAGGGUCCAGAAGCUGCUCAGGCUGCACGGCCCCACCAUCUGGGUGCGGCAGGGGCCGGCGGUUAUAGAUACAGCUUGAUGAGCUCGUCGCUAACUGCCGAGGGUGUCAGCACUCCCAGGUCUGUAAACAGCAGUGUUAUUAAGGAAGGAGAGGUGUAGUCCACCCACGGGUGCUCCUCCUUGAGGUCCUGUCCAGUCUGUGCAGACCUCAGAGUGUCUGCCUUGUACUGUGGAGACAGGAAAGGCACGUUAGUCGGCCCACCCAUCUGGGAUCUGAACCGGGGAGGCUGUGGCCUGAGUGGCCUGUGGGCUGCUCCUUGAAGGUGCUCUCCGGACAUGGGGAGACGGCAGCUGUGUGGCCCCAUGAGCCGCGGCAGCCAACUAGCCAAGGGCCACAAUUUAAUGAAAAACCUAAGCCCCGCAUUCCCUCGCUACUGAGCUGGGCGGCCUCCUCCAGAACUCUGAUCGCUUGUUGUCUCCGGACAACAAGGGCACCCGACACUGGGCAUGGAGUGUGUCACAGAACCCUGUCAGUGUUACUGCCCCAUUUCACAGAUAAGUAAAGCCCACAGAACAGAAAAUAGAAGGGCUUGCCCAAGGUCACAUGGCUAGGGCCGAGAUGGUGGCUAAGCCCAGGCAGUUGAGCCCAAAGCUUGGACUAUCAGCCACGAGCUUUCCCUCUCUCUGCUCAGCCUGUAUCUACUGCUGCUGAAGUGAGACACUGAAGGCUGGAUGUGUGUGGACAGGGAGACUGAAUCUAAAUCCAACUAGCAGCAAUUUACCUUCGUAGCUCAACUGGUGGAGAAAAUGGCAGUGGGAAGUGAAUAACUUAGUGGAACGUUCUUAGCCCUGCAUUCCCCCAAGGUUUCAGUUUAGCCUCAUUCCCCUUCAAGUAUCUGAAACUUGCCUUAAACUCAUCUGGGACAUCUUGCUGGUUCAGUGGAAAGAGCCGCACGAACUUGAAACUUUCUGCAACCACAUAAAAAGGCUUGUUCUGUGCUUUGGCACACACGGCCAUCUGGUUGGUUCCAAUCUGGGAAGUUGGAGGAAAUGGAGAAGGAUGAAAUCUCACAGCAGCCUCCAGUGGAAGCAGCAGGAAGGUGAGUGGUUGUGACACGGAAUGCUGGCUUUGGACUCAAACAGUUUUGAAAAACAACAAACCAACCAAAAAAACAUUUCUCCAAAGAGUCGUGGUCAGUGAGCGCAGGCAAAGAUGCCUGAGACCCUAGCCACUUGGGAAGGGCAAGUUGGCCACUAGACGAUGGCUGGGAUUAAAGGGAAAAAGUGGUGAGUGCUGGCGCGGGUGUGGAGAACUGGGGAGGUCCAUGUUUUCACUGCUGUGGGGAUGGAAAUGAGGCAGCCGCUGUGGAAAAUGGCUCGGCAGUUCCUCAAAAAGCUAAUCAGAAUGACACAAUCCGGCAACUCCGUCCUGGGAUCACGCCCCAAAGAACUGUGAUCAGGCACUUGGGCAGGUAACUGUGCCCAUGCACACAGCACCGCUUCCCACAAAAGCCAAAGGUGGAAACCACUCAGUGUCCACCCACGAGUGAAUGGACGACAGUGUGGUCCAGCCGUCCAUGGAAUGUCAUUCGGCUGCUAACAGGAGCGAAGUCUAACUCCCGCUACAGCACAGGUGAGCCCUGAAAAUAUCACAUGAAGUGAAAUCAGCCAAACCAAAAAGCACAAAUCUGGUGUGACUCCAUUUACAUGAGGCACACAGGGCAGAGACAUGUCUCUUAUGGAGACAAGGCAGAUUAGAGGCUGGGGCGGGGGAACAGGAAAUUUCUCCUCAGUGAUAAAAGCUGCAGUUUGGGAUGAUGGGACAAUCUGAAAAACAGUGGUGAUGGUUGCACAACAUUGUGAGUGACUAACGCCACAGUCGUCGUAUACGUACAAGUGACUGAUAGCCAUGAUGGCAAAUCUUCACCACACGUAACAAACGUUCACAAAAUCUUUCUGUGUUAAGCAAUGAAUAGAGGGAUUAGAACACAACUGACAGGAUGAUGCUGGAGUCAAAUAUGCUCAAGGGAAAAGAAAAGCCAAAAACCCCAGUUCCGAUGAAAGCAUGUUUUGAGAAGCUAUAAAUUACGUUCUCCCAAGUGAUUCAAUCUCCAAAACAGAAGGAAAUUUCACCAACAUUGACUGACCCCUGGUGGCCCAGGGGACGCAGAGGUGAGGUCCUGAGCUGAGCGGGACGAGGGGGGCAGUCCUCAUGCCCCGUGCUGGUGUGGGGCCCGGCUGUGUCCCCGCGCCAUAGGCAAGGCGCUCAGAACGGGUCAGCCUACCUUGUUAAUAAUUCCUCCAUUCUCAACCACUCCCUCGGCGCCGACUAUGACGAGAUCCACUCUCUCCAUGAUGUAGCUAAGGAAACAAAAACAAGCUGUUUUAUCCUCUUUUCCGGCUUUGUUAGCAGCAGCAUCACCUGCGGAGAUGACGCCUGCACCUUCCUCAGGAUCAGCUCCUCUCACGACUUCACGAGAACAUUGGGUGCCCGGGCAGUAGACCUGGCCCUGCAGACCAGGGGCUUAAACUGCUUUGGCCCUGACCGCACGCUGCUCCCAAGUGCGUGCCCACGUGUGACAGACACAAGGAGCUUUGAUCAGCGUUUAUCCUGACAGGGCGCAGUGCCCUCCACUUCCAGUUCUAGUUCAGUAUAAGCAAACAUUUCAGGCCUCUCUGGUGGCGCAACUAUGAAGCUAUCCACAGCCACUGUAGCACGAGUUCGAUCCCCGGCCAGGGAACAAUCCACGUGGCGCAGCAAACCUCUCCUGACUCACCCGCUGCUCUUCUCAGUAAUGUACUUCAGUCAGUGUGCCUGUUCUGUUCCCCACUCUGUCUCUGGUGAAUCCUCUCACCCCCCGCAUCUCUGGCCUGUACCCCAGCUCUUGUAUGCAUAAAUAAAUCUUAAAAAAAAAAAAAAGCAAACACUUCAAAGGCCCGAGUGCUCUGGUGCUGGGAAGAAGUGAUGUGGAAUGUAAGAAUCUUCUCAGGAGGGUGAACACAUUCCUAAUUUACUUGCUUACUUGCCCUGUGUUUUUUCUUGCCAAGAGGUUACCGCUCCCGUUUUCUCUUGGGAGGGACAGACAACCCGCGGCACACACGACCUCGGCUUUAGUGAGGAGUCGCAGGGGUGAGACGAGGAAGCCCUGCGAGCCUCGGGACAGCCCUGUGUUCAGGUGGAGGGAGCUCCGCCUCCACGGUGCCUUCAAGCCAGUCUCUGCAGCGGCCUCUUCAAAGAUGCCACCGCAGGCGAACCGCCCCCCCAACAUGCACACCCCAGUCUUGUCUCUGCCUCCACCGCCAAGACCUCGCAGGGGCUGGCUGGCGUAGUGCUGCCGUCAAUUAAGACGCGGAACGCUGCCCAGGGUACAUUUGUACUUUUAUGAGUGGGACUCAAACCUUCAAUCUGGAUACCCUGCUCCUCCCAGCCCUGGGUGUGGGUGAGGAAAUGGGAUCGUGGUCGGGAAGACAAGCUCACCCCACAGCAGCGUCCAGGACCACGGUGACCGGGACGUUGAGGUGGCAGAGGGCUUUGGCCAUUUUCCUCCUGGAAAUGACAUUUAAAAAAUAUUAGAAAAAGCCCAAGAAAGCCCCACAGCGGGGUAUGACGGUCCCCCUAGACAGUGAAAAUUCACGUCAGCUCACAACUCAGCUCAUCAAUGAAGGGGCAGAUCCCAAGACUCUGGACGGAGGGAACAAGAAUUUGGGAUCUUUUGGAGGAGGUAUGUGUUUCUGGAAAACUAUAAUCUUAGGGAGUCUUGGCAAGAGAGGCGAAUUGAGGAAUAUAGAAAGUUUUCCUUUUAUUACAUCCUAGAUAACAUGUGAGUUAUGUGCUCCUUGGUAAAAAUCUUUCAACCCACACACUCUCCUGUCACUCCUCUGACUUAACUACGUCAAUCAAACCCUCCAUCCCGGGCCAUGACCUCCUGCAGAUCCCCAGUGGUCUUUCUUCCAGGUAGGGACGGGCACCAUCAAGGACAGAGCUGCCGCCCGACAGGUCAACGGGGAUGUCCUGGCUCCUGGCGGUGAAUUCUACCCUGCAGUGUGCUCUUUAAAGCGACCUCCAGGCAGACCCCCCAUUGGGAAGAUACUUGCCCUGACAAGUCGGGCUGUGACUCGGUGAUGUACACACUGAAGCGCUUCUUGGCCACCACAGCCGCUUUCAGGACCUUCAGGACCACUCUGGAGUAGGCGUGAGUCAGUAUUCUCUGUGGGAACACGAGACGGCGCUGUUAGGGGAGAGCUGCUGGGCCCCCCGCCGCCUGCGCGCGGCUUCCUACAGCCUCUCGUACACUGUCUCACAAACCACUGUGGUCAGGAUGGUUCCCUGCUUGGACUGUGACGCAAGCCCAGGUACAAGCCGAAAAGGUUUCUGUCAGGGAUACAGGCUGGACUCCCAGGCCCACAGAGUUACAAGAUGUAAGAUAUAAAAGCCUUUGUCUGGGCCUCCCUGAUGGUGCACUGCACUAUGAAGCAAUCCGCAGACUCUGCAGCAUGAGUUCGAUCCCUGGCAGGCCAGGGAGCAACCCACAUGGCGAAGCAGACCUCUCCUGUCUCGCCCACAGCUCCCCUCAGCAGUGUGUUUCAGUCAAUCCACCUGUUCUGUUCCCCACUCUGUUUCUGAUGGAUCUCUCACCCCCUGCAUCUCUGGCCUGUA